AAACCCUCCAGAUUUGCAAAACCCACCAUUUAAACACUGAAAUACCUCAAAAUCCUAGCUUACCCAACAUCAAUCUUCAAGCUUUUGCUCCACUUUUGUGUGGAAUCUGCUGUUUUUCUCUCUCAUGGCUUCAAGAAGGGCUGGAAGUAAAAGGAAACAAAUGGGAAGUUUGAGUGCUGAGGGACAGGCUCAGGAAGAAGGUAAUACCUAUGCUUCUAGUCUCUUUUGGGAUCAAGAAACCUUUGAUAAGUAUAAUGCUGUCAAGAAUUUGCUUGUUCCACCAUGCAAUAGUGUGAAAUUUAGUCAAUUCCUUCAAGGAGAUAUGCAUGUUGAAGAGUUUUCACCGAGAGAAAUUUGUGCUGCAUUAGAAAUACCUGAAAGAGGAGAUGAUGAGUUUGAAGAUGUAAAUACAUCUGUAGUUAGAGCCACAAUUGCCCCAAAUUGCACUGCAAGUCAAAUUAAUGUGGGGUUCCUUACACCAGAAAAUAGAGCAUUGCAGUGGAUUAUUAGUCACAUUUUUGCUCAAAGAAAGGGUUCUAAAUUUGUUGUACUUGGCAGUGAUCUCUCAUGGUUUGAUUAUAUUCUCAAAAGGAAAAGGUUGAACCUUGAAAGAUUCAUUUAUCGGAACCUAAUCAAGAAUUACUCGUCAAAUAUGGGACUUCCUCAUGGUGCUCUGAUUACUAGAUUGGCGAAGAGGAACAACAUUGAUCUUACACCUUAUAGGCUUGGAAAGAUUCAAGGUGGGACUACACUCAAUACAGCCUCCUUUGAGAAUAUGCAAUAUGAGCUUCUGAAUGGUAUUUGGAGGAAGAUAGGGGAUCAAGCAAUGGAACAGCAAGGGGAUGAAGAAGAAGGUGAUGUAGACCAAGAAAUGGCAGAGCAAAGGGAAGGACAACAUGGAGGUGACAGCCUAAGACCUUUUCAAGCCUCCAUGCAAAAGACUAACCGCGAAACCAUGGAGCUUAUGAUAAAUGAGAUGCGACAAUUACACACCGACUUCUAUGGUUUCCAGAAGGAAAUGAGAGGGAGGAUGGACUCUAUGGAUGGAAAGCUUGAUCAGCUCAUUAACCAUUUUUUUCCUCCACCCCCACCUAGUGCCACCUAACCUGAUAUUUCUUUUGUUUGGCUAAUCUUUAGGAUGGACAUUUUAGGCUUAUGCAUUUUAAGUUUUUAAGCUUGUGACUAUGUUUUUCUUUGUCUAUGGAUAUGUCUUGAACCUUUUAUCAUGUUUUGUGGAUUGUAAUGGCACAUGACUUUGGCAUGGUAUUAUAUUAAUAGCAUGACUCAUGCAUUUAUCGUUACUAAUGGUUGUCUAUGAUUUUGAUAAUUGUAUGCUCUUAUUGAGGGGGAGCAAUUUGUGGAUAUUGUGCUUAAAUUACAUAUUUUUUUAUGCUUUAAAGGUUGUAUGCAUGAAUUAAGGGGGAGUUUGUUGAUAAUGUUUAUAUGCUUUUUGAUGGAUGACAAAAAGGGGGAGAAAGUAUGCUAAAUUCUUAUGAUUUAAUGUCAUUUUCUGGAGUGUCUUGGUGCUGAAAUUUCUGGUUAAUAUUGUGUAUAUGUGCUUUCAUUAAUUCAUUCUCAAAGUGUUUUAUCAUCAUUAAAAAGGGAAAGAUUGUUGUACCGAUGAUUUUGAUGAUUACAAAAUACAUUUGAGUAACUAAU